CAUGAUUUAUCAGAUUAUGCACUGGUUUUAUGAUUGCCUAAAACAACAACAACAACAACAACAUCCUUUCUUUUAUUAUCCCUUGCAGCUGCUUGUAGCAGAGGGGAAUUUCAAGCCUGGGAGGAGAGACGCGUAGCGGGCACCAGAUGCUGCGAUUGGUCGGACGCUCCACGUUGCUCCAACCUAAACAGCAGCGUAAAGCAGAGACGGCCGGAGGAUGAAGCAGCCGGAGCAUCCUCAUCAUCCGAGCCAGGCGCACGUAGCCUACGGUGGUGGAGGGGGGAAAAAAUCAAAAUAGCAACGUGUGACGGGUGCAGUCAGAGAGUAGUGAUAAAUUGGACAGUCGAGGGAUCUGCACCGGAUCCUCAACCUGCUGACAGCCAGGCAGCUACGCAGCGCCAGACAACACGGCGCUAUUUUUCUACCAUCCACUGAGGAGCAUCUGAAAGACUGAUCAUGGGUUCGUCCUCUGGGUAAUAUUGUCUGAGCUGCAACAAACGCAUUUGUAGGAAAAAAAAACACACACACAACAACACCAUGGGUUCCAGACUGAGCCGGCAGAGCAGCCUGGACAAUGAGAAUUUCUCCAAAAAGCGACGCAAGCUUCUGGAUAGCACCGGAGAGAGCGACAGGAGCAGCCGAGGCGGCGGGGACUUUCUGUUUGCACUGAUGCUGAAAUCGGACAAACUGCCUGGGAUGCUGCGGAGGACCAACCACAGCCCGUACAUGAGGCGAGUGGCGUGGAUCAAAGAGAUACAGAAGCUGCUCCGUGACCGCAGGAUAGAGCAGGCGACCGACGUGCUCAAAUUACUGAGGAAGGACCUUGGUCUGGAAGGCACCUCGCUCAACGACAUCUUGUACAAAAACGCUGCCUUCCUCAACCUGGUAGACCCAAUCUCACAUGAGCUGCUGCUCAGCCUGGCUCGAGAGAUGCAGUGUCCUAAGAAGGAUGCAGACACCAUAAAGUCUUCUGAUAAGAUUUGCAGACAGCUGAUCUACCACCUGACCCCGCACUCAAAGUGGCUGAGGCAGAGCAUGUCCAGACGGAAAUCCCAGGCCUGUCUGAAGACAACUCUACAGAAAAAGCUGUCCAGUGACUCCGUCGACCUGUCCGGCAUCCCCCUGUCCACCCGUGAUGUCCGUCAAGUCGCCUUCUACCUCCAGAACAACAGAGACAGCGUGGUGGCUGUGGACAUCAGCUUCACCGAACUCCAUGACGAGAACCUGAAGAUUCUCCUGCCUCUUCUUGCCUCGCUGCCCAAACUCAGCACCCUGGCUCUUAACGGUAACCGCCUCACCCUGGCGAUACUCAAAGACCUCACUGAGAUGCUCAAAGACCCCAAGAUGUUCUCCAACCUGGCCUGGAUCGACCUGGGCAACAACGUGGAUAUAUUUACCAUGCCUCAGCCGCUGCUGGUCGCAUUGCGUCGGCGCUGCAGCCUGAAGAGCAGCUUACCAACUAUCUAUGAGUACACGGAGGGUCAGCCCUACUGCUAUCACCUGGAGACUUCCAUUGAGGAGCCCAGCCACUACGAGGAGGAAGAGGAGGAUGAGGAAGAGGGGGAAGAUGAGGAGGAUGACAUGGGGAACAAAUUCGAGCUGGAGCCGUGGAGUUUGGGCGAGAAGCAGCUUUCCAAAGACUUCACCCUUCACUACUGUGAGAGGUGAUGGGGUCUUUCCCCUCUGAGGCUCUUUCAACUGUGGUUGAAACGUCCCACAGCACUCUGUUACCUCCUUCGCCCUCUCGCCCUCACACCACGAGCCUAGUCACCCUCUGAGGCACGGGGGAGACCAGUGCCCACAUUGUGAACCUCUCUUCCCGACACGGCUACCAAGCUAUUCCUAACCAUCUCUGAGUUAACCCACACAAGAUGACAGUGAAGCGACGGUCACGACGGCGGACUUACUGUGUUGGUGGAUGGCGCUCUUGGGAACGAGGUGCGGUUUCAUUGGAGGGGGGCUGGAAGAGUUAAUGAACCGGUGCUCGCUCUCUCUCUCUUUCUCUCUCUCCCUCUAUCACUCUAUCUCUCUCUCUCUCUCUGAUAGUGGCAGCUGAGGAGCCAAUCCCAAGGAGAUUUAGAUCAGUUGGUUGGAUGGAGGAGCAGCAUCCCGGCGGUAGCUGAAGUCGAGUUAGUUUGGAAACAGAGGGUCCCUCUGGGUUCUCCACCAGGACUGGGACUAUCUCUGGCAGGCAGGGCCUAGCUCCACAUUGUGUGUUCUCUGUUAAUCUCUCAACAAAAGCUAUGACACAAGUUCAACAGACUAUACAGCCGACGACCCGUCACGUGACGCCGGCAAAACUGCUAGGUCAAGACUUUUUGCGUUUUCCCCCCCUUUCCAAAUGUCCACUUGUGAAUACCCACGCAGCCCUUGUGUAGAUGUAAAUGAGGACACAAAACAUGGUUCUCUUGUGUUUCCAUGGGCUAUUUUUGUGCACUUUUGGUGAACAAAGCAAUCUUAGAAGACAACAGGUAGGACUCAACAAUGGGUAGCUGUUACUGAUUGUUUUUUUGUACUUGCCUAAAUGCUGAUAUUCACCUCUUUGUGAUUAUUGAGCUGCUGUAGUCAUCACCACAGUGUUUCAGUGCAUAUAUGACACCGCAGCCAAGUGUUAAUGUGGGCCACCGAGUCUGAGCAGUGCCCAAACUGCCCGUCCUACUGCCGUUUGUCUCUACAAAUAUGUUGUCUUUUCCAUUUAUUGAUACAGUCCUUCAGCGGCCCUGUGUUUGUUAUGAGACACAGCCAUGACUGUUACCUAUUGGUUAGAGUCUGUCUACAGUAGCACAUAAUGAUUAAGUUAGACUGACUGAAAGCACUUUAAAGGGGACUACUGUUUUUUUUAUAUUUCUGUUUCUCCAUAGCAUAUAAUCUGUGUACAUUGUUUAUAACAGGGGAUAUAUACAAAGCUGAACGCAUACCUCUUUACGGUGAAACGAUGACCAAAUGGCUCACGAUUGUUAGAGGGAUCACUGAAAAAAACAUACCUGCACCACCAGAUAUAUAAUAAAUGUUUAAAUGUGUGUUCUAUGUGUUUGUAACAGUAAAAUGUCUGAUUACUGCUGUAAUUAUUUGUGUUGGUGUUCCGUCUUUUGUCCGACUCUGUAAUUAUAACAAUGACUCUAAUUAUGAAACUGAGCGCAGUGACCUCCUGCUGUAAGCCUGAACAGUAAACAAAAAAGGGAUGCGGCUGACUGGAUGACACAGUAAAACAGGGAACAGUUCAGCAAAUGUAAAUUACAGUCAGAGCGGACCCCUUUCAUGUUGAAUGUGUUAUUUGAAUGAUGGAGAGCAAUGUCCACUCGGUUCGUAGUUUAUGUUUAUUGUCUCAACGUCAAACUCUUCCUUGUAGCCUUGUGUGUACUUGUCUCAUGCCAAACACUGACUGCCAAUAAA